GCAGGUCCUGAUGCGGCAGGACUACGGCCCCAAGGUCAACCUCUUCUCCCACCUGCACCAGUACAGCCGGAAGAAGCCGCUGACGCAGGAGAUGAGCAUCCCCUCCACAGUCAUCCACCCGGCAGUGGUGCGCCUCGGCUUGCAGUACUCCAGUGGCCUCAUCAACGGCUCCAACACCCGCUGCAUCGCCCUCCUGCAGGCCUUCAAGCAGGUGAUCCGGGACUACUCGACGCCGCCCAACGAGGAGCUCUCGCGGGACCUGGUGGCCAAGCUGAAGCCGUACAUCAGCUUCCUGAACCAGUGCCGGCCACUGUCUGCCAGCAUGGGCAAUGCCAUCAAGCACCUCAAGAAGGAGAUCUCAGGUCUGCCAAGUACCAAGAAGGAGGAGGAGGCGAAGAAGAAGCUGCAGGACUUUAUCGACCAGUUUGUGCGAGAGAGGAUCUCCCUGGCCGCGGAGGCUAUCUCCAAGUAUGCCCUUGAGAAGAUCAAUGACAACGACGUCAUCCUGGUGUAUGGAUGCUCCUCCCUCGUGAAACGCAUGCUGUGUGACGCCUAUGACAAGGGCCGUGUCUUCCGCGUUAUUGUGGUGGACAGCCGGCCACGGCUGGAGGGCCGGGAUAUGCUGCGGCAGCUGGUGCGCCAGGGCAUCCACUGCACCUAUGUCCUCAUCAGCGCCAUCUCCUAUGUGCUACCUGAGGUCUCCAAGGUGCUGCUGGGCGCCCAUGCGCUCCUGGCCAAUGGAUCCGUCAUGUCACGGGUGGGGACAUCGCAGAUCGCACUCAUGGCCCAGGCCUAUAAUGUGCCAGUGCUGGUGUGCUGCGAGACCUACAAGUUCUGCGAGCGAGUGCAGACGGACUCCUUUGUCUCCAAUGAGCUAGAUGACCCAGAUGAGCUGGCAGCACAGUGUGCAGGGGUGCUAGGCAGCUGGCAGGAGCCGCUCCUGAACCUGGUGUAUGACGCAACGCCGCCGGGGCUGGUGGCGCUGGUGAUCACGGAGCUAGGCCCGCUGCCCUGCAGCUCUGUGCCCGUCGUGCUGCGUGUCAAGAAUGUGGAGUAGCAAUAAACACGUCACGUGCC